AUGGUUGAUGCCUCCACGACUUUGUGUAAAUUCAUUGAAGAAAACAAUCAAGACUGUGGUUGGAAGGAGUACAUUAGGAGAACCUGUGCAAGGUUUAAAUGCAGAUUGUGCAAGCGCACAUGGCCUUCAAAUAAAGUGAUGGUGAUCUUCCACAUGCAUCUCAACAAUCACACGCAUCAGGGCAUCAUCAAAGUUCGAUGCUUUCGUCAAAACUGUAAGAUAUGCACUGAUGCCCCAAUGGAGCAACCGCACAUCGAUGAAGACAACGUGCUUAUCAUGCUGGAGGGCCUGAUGAAGAACAUCAGGAAGAAGUUCUACAAAGAGGUGUUUGAAGAAAUGGACAAGAAACCUCAAGGAGUGGAGGUUAAGAGCCCUCACGAGCCCGAUCACUGUGAGGGCUGCAGGGCAGGGAUCUGCAGUCAGGGCCAGUCUAUGCCCUAA